AUGCCGGUCGUGCCGCCCACGUACUUGGCGGCCUUCAUCGUCUUGUUUGUCCUGGUUCGGUUGCGUCGCAUCGUUGGCCUGCCGUCGCUGCUUCUUGAUGGCGUAGCGUUCUACUUGCCUCCAACACCCCAAGUCCUCGACUCGCUCAACACACCCGACGCGCCAAACUCCAAGAACCCGAAACCUCAGAAAACGGUUGGCGAGCGCCUCGCGGCCAUGAAGCUGGCCAUGUCGCCCCUUUCGACGCAGAUCCUGACCAAGUGCAUGUUCAUGGACCUGUAUGACGCCCUCGUGACCGUGGCCACGUCGGCCGUCAUCGUGUUCGCUUACAUGCAAUUCUUGCCGUCGGAGACACCCGAUCCGAGCUACUACCUCUUGGUCCUGUCGCUCGUCUUGUCGCUGGGGCUCCCAUUCUUCAUCCAGUACAGGAUUUCGUCGUUCGAGGCGCAGCUCGGCCUUGGCGUAGCUGUCCUUGGCACGAUCUUGGCGCUGUUCAGUCUGUACGCGCCGCCAGCGUUGGAAUUGCUCGACUUUGACGUGGAAGGCGCAGCUGCGUCGAUGGACACUCGGUGGCAGGCGCUUUUGGCCGCGCUCGGGAUGCCGUCGACGACGUCCGUGUGGAAGUCAGUGUGGUUCAUGGUUCUGCUCGGUGUGUUGGCUGGCCUCGUAUCGUCGGCUACGUUGCUGCCGGCGUUCCGAUUUGCCAAAAUGUACUGCGACUUUAUCGAGUCCAAGGCCAUUUCCAAGACGUGGAAAGCGGUGCUGCAUCUCAACAUGGCACUGCCAUUCGUGCUCACAUGGGCAUGGCUGCGACCGAUCUCGAGCUCGAUCCUCGUCGGCGAUGACGCGAUCGCGUGUCCAUCAUCUAGUAGUUCGUCGGGCUUUUCGUGGAUCGUGCCGCGCGACUGUGGCGACCGACGCCUUGUUUGGCUGUCCGAGUCGACCUUCCGCAACGUUCGCGUGCACGUUGUGCUCCUCGCGGCCGUCGUGCGCGUCAUAUGCCUCCGAAGUCACCUUCAGUACUUCUUGCUCGAGCCCAAGCACAAAGUCACAGCGCAGCUCCUCCUUCCAGGACGCGUCGACACUCAAGCCAUCGUCGAUACACUCGUGGUUCCAUUCACGUACAUCCCCGUGAUCUGCAUGCAGUACUUGGCGCCGGCGGUAUGUUGGCUCUCGGCAUCGCUUCUUCUCCAACGAAAAGGCGACCGUUGUUUGUACUGGAUGGACUCCCUCGCCUACGUGGGGCAUCCCAUCCCGUCGUCGUUUCUGUGCGCUUCCAAGCCCUCCACGGUCCUACCAUCGUCGCCGCCGUUCGGAUUUGAGCACGGACAAGCGUUUGGUUGGGAUGAAUUCCAAGCGAUGGUCCAAGGGCUCAAGGACUUUUCGCUGGCCGAGCCGCUGUGGUACGAGAGUGUCGUUGGGUUUCUCGUGUGGUGGAGCGCCGUGUCGUGCGGCCGUGGAUAA